AUGGCUGCUACAACACCAUGGGAAGAGCUCUUAGGCUCAAAGAAUUGGGACAAACUCAUAGACCCAUUUGACCAAUCACUUCGCCUACUCAUUCUCCGUUGCGGAGACUUUUGUCAAGCGACUUACGAUGCUUUCGUCAACGACCAAAACUCCAAGUACUGUGGAGCCAGCCGCUACGGCAAGUCUUCCUUCUUCGACAAGGUCAUGCUCGAAUCCGCUUCUGACUACGACGUUGCUAGCUUCCUCUACGCUACAGCUCUUGUUGAUCUCCCCGAAGGUUUGCUUCCACACUCUCACUCACAAGAUUCUUGGGACCGUGAGUCUAACUGGUUCGGCUACAUUGCUGUUACUUCCGAUGAACGGACAAAGGCUUUGGGACGCCGUGAGAUCUACGUGGCUAUGAGAGGAACGAGUAGGAACUACGAGUGGAUCAAUGUUUUCGGAGCAAAGCCCACUUCAGCUGACCCCUUGCUGCACGCACCGGACAAGAGCGGUUCUGGUUCUAAUGUAGCUGGAGCUACUAGUACUUAUGCUAGUGACAGUGAAGACGAAGAGGGGACUAAAGUGAUGCUCGGGUGGCUCUCAAUCUAUACUUCUGAUAACCCGAAAUCGAGAUUCACAAGGCUGAGUCUACGCUCACAGUUGCUAGCUAAGAUCAAGGAGCUUCUACUGAAGUACAAGGACGAGAUGCCGAGCAUUGUGUUGACUGGACAUAGCUUGGGAGCUACGGAGGCUGUGAUCGCCGCCUAUGACAUAGCUGAGAACGGUUCCGGUGAUGAUGUUCCAGUCACUGCUAUUGUAUUUGGUUGUCCACAGGUGGGAAACAAGGAGUUCAGGGACGAAGUGACACGUCACAAGAACUUGAAGAUCCUCCAUGUAAGGAACAAGAUUGACCUCUUAACAAGAUAUCCAGGAGGACUCUUGGGGUAUGUGGAUAUAGGAACCAACUGCGUGAUCGAAACAAAGAAGUCACCUUACCUAAAGGAUUCAAGGAAUCCAGGGGACUGGCAUAAUCUUCAGGCAAUGCUCCAUGUCGUUGCGGGGUGGAAUGGGAAGAAAGGAGAGUUUAAAAUGAUGGUGAAGAGAAGCAUUGCGUUAGUGAACAAGUCAUGUGAGUUCUUGAAAGAUGAGUGUUUGGUUCCAGGAUCUUGGUGGGUGGAGAAGAACAAAGGAAUGAUCAAGAACGAAGAUGGUGAAUGGGUUAUUGCUCCAGUGGAAGAAGAACCUGAACCUGAAUUCUGA